AUGUCUGUAAUCUCUAAUACUAUGGUAUUUGAUCUUCUUGAGGACGAAAAUUUUUAUAUUAAGUGCCGUCAGAUCUCAGUUAUUUUGAAACCUGUAAAGGAAUUAACAAAUUGUUUAAAAGCUAAAACAUCUAAUCUAGCUGAUAUUUUUAUUGGGUUAGUUAAAUUAGCUGCAAAUAUUAAUCGAGUUGAAAAUUCUAAUCUGUGGAAAAGAAAUAUUAUUAUUAAUUUUAAUCAACGAUUCGGUGAACUUGUAAUUUCUGUUACAAUUCUUGCAUACUGGUUACAUCCCUUAUAUAGAGACGAAAAUACUAAUAAUGGUAAGACUAAUAAUUUAGAUAAUACUAAUAAAAGCAAAGAUUUAGAAAGUUUAACAUUAAAUAUUGCAGAUUCAGUAGAUUUAGCAUUGCCAGAAUUUUUAGCAUCUGGAGAUGCAAUAUUUUUUUCAGAUUCUGUUACAACUAAUCGGGCUAGAGAUGUAGGUAAUAUGAAUUACAAUCCUAUUGAGUUAGCAUGUCAAAUGGUACAAGAUGAAGAGGAUUAA